CUAGAAUAUUGAAACCGUUUAAAAUAGAUAUAGCACACAAGUCAGCCAGUCCAAUAACUUAAUUUGAUAUUGUACAAACCGAAAGAUACAACAGAAAAAGGAGAUAGGAUUAAUACCAUUUACAAAAUGAAUUGUAUGAACCGUAACAGACAUUACAUUGGUCAACAAAGUGGGCGUCCCCUUCGAAUCAGAAUCCAGGAACACAAAUUAGCCGUGGAAAGACAUGAUAUAUAUUCUUUCAUAUCAAUGCAUGUAGAUAAUUACGGAUAUCAGCUUGAUUGGGAUAAUGUCGAAAUUUUAAACACAGGAAACACCAAAAUUGCCAGAGAAUUCCUGGAAGCCUGGCACUCAAAUGAAUAUGCGAUUAACAAACAUAUUAAUAUAGACCAAAUCUACCAACUAAUAAAAAGUAAAUCAUGUGAUCAGAAAGUUUAAAAUCCAAGUCAAUAGAAAAUGAUCAAUACAAAUGUAAAGAUGGUUACCGGGAGACGCAGUUAUAUCACUCAUGAAGAAAUUUAAAUCAUUUCACUUUAUGCUACAUAUUGCUCUGAAGAUGUUGUCCAGCAGGGGGACGGCGAAAGCUCCAUAACUAAACCAACCAGCUCAGAGAACACUAUUAAUUGUAAACCAUCCACCUGAGCUACAAAUCUUC